AUGCUUGAUGAGGAUUGUGAGUUACUUUAUCUUUGUACCAGGCCAGAGAACCUCUUGAUCAUGAACAUUCCCGUGCCUCCUACUGCGAUUCGUCCUUCAGUUUUGGUGGAUGAAUCACGGACAAAUGAAAAUGACAUUACAGAGAGGUUAAAGAACAUUGUUCAAGCAAAUGCUCGUCUUCGACACGAUUUAACACAAGAUUUACCACCAGCUUAUGCAGGCGGGUUUAAGCAUAGUUGGGAUGCACUUCAAGUUGAGGUUGCUCAGUAUAUAAAUAGUGAAGUUUGUGUUCCCUUGCCAUGCAAAGUGGCAAUCCGUUGGGUGGUUUUAUGCAGCGGAUCAAAGGGAAGCAGGGGCGUUUUCGUGGGAAUUUAUCUGCCAAGCGGGUUGAAUAUACUGGCAGAAGUGUUAUAUCACCUGACCCUAAUCUGA